GAAUAAACAAAUUAAAUAAAAGCCAAGGAACAGAAGGUUUAACAAUGGCAGAAGAUUUGUUGAAUGGGUAGCAGCUUCACUUCACGCAGUAGCAGCACUCACACGAAUUGGUUUUCAGCUUGUUUUCUACUUCUCUGUCUGAGCUUCUUCUUCUUCUUCUUCCUUCGUUGCCUCUUUUUUCAGCCUUUUUCAGUUCAUUUCAGGUCACGAAUCUCGAGGAUCAUUCGCCUUUUUCUGCUGCCCCAAAUCUACUUCUCCAUCUCCUCAGAUAUAGCAUAGCAAUGGCUCUUGUCAUCCUUUUUGCAUGGAUUUCAUGACGUCAACCAAUGAAAAUGAUGCUAGUUAGGAUGGGAGAGCUCUAUCUUACAAUUCUACUACUGGCUUGCUUUCAUAAUUUUGCGCUGUCUGAUUAUCAAGGUGAUGCUCUCUUUUCACUGAGACGCGCAUUGAAUGCAACAGAAAAUCAGCUCACAGAUUGGAACCCAAAUCAAGUCAAUCCAUGUACUUGGACCAGUGUUAUAUGUAAUGGAAACAAUGUGAUCUCUGUAUCCUUGUCAGCUAUGGGCUUUACUGGAACUUUGUCCCCGAAAAUUGGAGUUCUCAAAUCACUUUCAACGCUGAUUUUGCAGGGGAAUCACAUAACUGGAGAGAUACCGAAGGAUUUUGGAAACUUGACAAAUUUGGUCAGUUUGGAUUUGGGAAAUAACAGCCUAACUGGCCAUAUACCAUCGUCCCUGGGUAAUCUUCAGAAACUACAGUUCCUAACUCUGAGUCAUAAUCGUCUAACUGGGACUAUUCCUGAGUCACUCUCAAGCAUUCCUAGCUUGAUUAGUCUGCUUCUUGACUCAAAUGAUCUCACGGGCCCAAUUCCGGAGCAGUUAUUUCAAGCUUCAAAAUUCAACUUUUCUGGAAACAAGUUAGAUUGUAGCGGGAAGUUUCUGCAUGCCUGUGCUUCAGACAGUUCAAACUCAGGUUCUUCGAACAAACCUAAGGUUGGCCUUAUUGUUGGAAUUAUAGCUGGGUUUACUGUUGCUCUCCUUUUGGUCGGUGUAUUAUUUUUCUUGUGCAAGGGUAGAUAUAAAGGCUACAAGCGCGAAGAGUUCGUAGAUGUUGCAGGUGAAGUUGAUCGAAGAAUUGCAUUUGGUCAGCUGAAAAGAUUUUUAUGGAGAGAACUGCAGCAUGCUACAGACAACUUUAGUGAGAAAAAUGUUUUAGGACAAGGAGGCUUUGGAAAGGUGUACAAAGGGGUGUUUGCCGAUGGCACCAAAGUUGCAGUGAAACGGUUGACUGAUUAUGAAAGUCCAGGGGGAGAUGCUGCUUUUCAGCGUGAAGUUGAGAUGAUUAGCGUAGCUGUUCAUAGAAAUCUGUUGCGGCUGAUUGGGUUCUGUACGACUCAGACAGAACGCCUAUUGGUGUAUCCCUUUAUGCAGAAUUUGAGUGUUGCCUACCGUCUUCGAGAACUUAAGCCUGGGGAGGCUGCUUUAGAUUGGCCUACUCGAAAACGUGUGGCAUUGGGCACUGCUCGUGGUUUAGAGUAUCUUCAUGAACAUUGCAAUCCAAAGAUUAUUCAUCGAGAUGUUAAGGCAGCCAAUGUAUUGCUUGAUGAAGAUUUUGAAGCAGUUGUUGGCGAUUUUGGCUUAGCAAAGUUGGUUGACGUUAGGAAGACUAAUGUCACUACUCAAGUUCGAGGGACAAUGGGCCACAUAGCACCGGAGUACUUAUCAACUGGAAAAUCAUCAGAAAGGACUGAUGUUUUUGGUUAUGGUAUCAUGCUUUUAGAACUUGUCACAGGGCAACGUGCAAUCGACUUCUCACGCUUAGAAGAAGAAGAUGAUGUUUUACUACUCGACCAUGUUAAGAAACUAGAAAGAGAAAAGCGACUCAAUGCUAUCGUAGAUCGGAAUCUAAGUAACUACAACAUUCAAGAGGUGGAGAUGAUGAUCCAAGUUGCAUUGCUUUGCACACAGCCGUGUUCGGAUGACCGUCCAGCAAUGUCGCAAGUCGUUCGAAUGCUCGAAGGAGAGGGAUUGGCAGAGAGGUGGGAAGAAUGGCAGCAUUUGGAGGUUACUCGCAGACAAGAGUAUGAGAGACUGCAGAGAAGAUUCGAAUGGGGAGAAGAUUCAAUUCAUAGACAGGAUGCAAUCGAAUUGUCUGGUGGAAGAUGAGGUACAAAACUCAUCUCCAACUCUCUCUCUCUAUUAAUCUAAUGAAUCUCUCUAGAUAGAGACCAUAUGACAAUUAUUUUUGUUAGGUCAGUUUGACGUGGGCCAUCAUCCUUAAACCAUAUUACACAAACUUAAACCAGUCAAGAAAUCCUUGCCUUCCCAUCCUCCGUUCUGUAAAUUCUCAGUGGCUUCUGCUCUCUUUCAUUUCUUGGCUUUUGCAUCUUCCUAUAAUCUCGUGUCCUCCAUUUUAACCUUUGCUGUAUCUGAACUCUGUAAUCCAGCCAUAUCAACAGUCCUCAUAUUCACGUCUGCCAUAGCAUUUGUCAUGUUAUAGUGAUCAUUUUUAUUUAAGAUUUCAAAUACAUUAGUUACUUCCGUCCA